UUUAUGUGCCCACAUUAAACAAUUUGCCCAUCACUGAACACUCGCCGUAACACAUACCAGACAGCUCAUAUCAAAUAUUAGAUCCUUUACCGAUUUUGCCGAGGCUAUUUGUACGCCGAGUACGCCGCUGAGUCUUGUCAGCUUAUUCCACUUUGAGACACAGUCAUCCAACCGAACGCGACUGCUGUAUUCGCGUCAUCAUCAUCGCCAUCCAUAGUAUCAUUCACAACGUUCGCAUACCUCCCACCGUCACCGAGUAAGCGAUACUAAUAGCCACACAUUGACGGCUGUGCUGCCGCGGCGUGCGACGCCAUGGUGGAGUCCUCAGCUAUCGGCCGGCCUCUGACUGGAUGUGUGAAUGCACAGCAGCCGGCAACAGCUGCCAUCACCGCCGCACAACAUUCACCAUCCGGCAUGCGUUGCGGCACGCUGGAGACGCGCGUGCGGGGCGCCUGGUAUCGGGUGCUGGUGACGCUCGAAACCGACUUUCUGGCAAUUAGUUUGGACGAGUCUUGCGAUGCGGCGGCAAUCAGUGUGGAUCAAUCGACCACACUGAACGGCACAUUGGGCAGCAACCACAGCGGUCAUAAUGGCUCCAUACCUUCAUCGGCCUCCAUGCAGGGCAUGGGCGGCGUUAGUGGCAUGGGCGCGGGUAGCGGUGGUGGCGGCAGCGGCACUGAUGCAGACUGCACAGAUAACGGUGGCGGCGGUGACCACUUGCUGAACAAUAAUACCAUGGACAAUGGACUGGAUAUGUGCGAUGUACCUGAUCAUGUGGCAAAUCAAAAGAGACAUGUACGCAUCAUUAAAUCGGACAACAACGGUCUCGGCAUUUCCAUUAAGGGCGGUCGCGAAAAUCGUAUGCCUAUACUGAUAUCGAAAAUAUUUCGCGGUAUGGCAGCGGAUCAGGCAAAGGGGCUGUACGUGGGCGAUGCCAUUUUGUCGGUUAAUGGUGAAGAGUUGCGCGAAGCGACACACGACGAGGCGGUGCGUGCACUGAAACGAGCCGGACGUGUGGUGGAUUUGGAAGUAAAAUUUCUGCGUGAAGUGACACCGUAUUUCCGGAAAGCCAGCAUAAUUUCCGAAGUAGGCUGGGAGCUGCAGCGCGCUUUUCUAUGUCCGUUGGGACCAGGGGCGCCCACAUCUCCGCCAGCGCCGAAAAUUACACCGCGUGCCGAUACGCGUUACAUACCCUUGCAAUUGACACACUUGGCGCGGAAUUUGAAAUACAUUGAUCCGGAAAACCGCUGCAUCGAAUUGCAUUCACCGGACGGUGUGCACUCGUGCAUUCUGCGCGCCUGCGACUCCGCCGAGGCAUUGAUCUGGUUCAAUGCGCUGCACUCAGCAAUGUGUGGCAGCACACAGCGCGCCCUCACCGAUGCCAAUCGCGCGCUGAUGAACGUCAUCGGGGAGCUGAAACACAUCGGCUGGCUGAGUAGACGCCUGAGUGGCGGCAGUACCAGUGGGGGCGGUGGCGCUGGCGGAGGAAGUUCUGGUAGCGGUGGUGGUGGCGGUGGCAGUGGUGCAAGUGCUAGUGGUGGAGGCGGCGCGGGAGAUUUGCCAAGCGGACGUUCCAGCUCGGAGAGUUCUGAUGAAAACGAUAAAUGGCAGCCAAUUUUCGUCGCAGUCACCGAACGAGAAUUCAGGAUUUACGAGUCCGCUCCGUGGUCGGUGGAGGCCUGGGGACGUCCGUUGGAGAGCUUUGCUUUGGCAACGACAAGACUGGCUGGCGCUGGCAAUAACUCAUCUUUGAAUGGUCAACAAACGACUGUUUUCUGUGUGCGUUGUGGCACCACCCGUGGCGUACUGGUCUACUGGCUGCGCUCGGAAACGCAUCGCGACAUGGCCGCGUGGGCACGCGCACUCGUACAGGGUUCCCACAAUGCCGUCAACUAUCAGCGAGAGUUCUCAUUUCGCUGUCUCUAUCAGGGCAGACAGUGUCAAUUGGUUGUGCAUUUGAAUCGCGGGUUCUGCCUUUACGACUGCAGUGGCUAUGCGGGGCGGCGGGCGGCUGUAGCGGCAGCGGGUGUGGUUGUGCCGCCUAAUCAGACAAAAACUCAGCUAUGGCAAUUUCCGUUCGACAAAUUAAAGGGCUCAGCGGACGAUGGCAUACGAAUGCUGUAUUUGGAUUUUGGCGAUGAUGGAGAAAUUGAACUCGACAUGGAAUGCUGUCCCAAGCCGGUUGUCUUUGUCGUACAUAAUUGCCUAUCAGCGAAGGUGCAUUCCAUCACCUAAGAGAUGCAGUGAGUACAGUGAGUAGUGGGCAGCAGUCGCAAAGAGACUGCAGUUAGGGGUUUAUCUAUAAAUUCCAGUUAAGUCUGCAAGUAGACAAAAAAAGUAUUUCAAAUCAAAUUGAAUGUAAUUUAAUUGAACGGCAAAGUAUCGAAAUAGGAACGUAGAGGAAAUAGAAAGAAAAAUCGUAGCGAAAAUUUUUGUAAUUUCAUACCAAACGAGGAAGAAUGAAUAUAGCAUAAUAAAAUAAUGGCAAUUAAAAAAAUUUACUUAGAACUUUUUUAUUUAUAAAUUGUAUUUGUAUAUUUAGAAAAGAAAGUGUAGUAAAGUAAAGUUUAAGUAAAACAGCGGAAAAGCAGAAAGCGGCUGCAAUGAGAAUAUGCGUGCUUCCUUGUUUUACUUAAGAAUGAAAGUUAGUCUUCAAAAAAUUAGAAAUAAAACUAAAAACACUUAACUUGUAAAAGUCAAAAGACGAGUAUUUAGUAUAAGAAAGUAUAUAUGUAUAAAUAUGUAUGUAUAUGUAUGUAUGUAUAUCACUGUAUUUUCUGCACUCUGUAAACUGUACUAUACACAACUCUUCAGAAUUACAUACUUAAGGUACAUACAUACAUAUUUGAAUAGACUACUUUUAUACUUCACUCACUAAUUAAAGCUAACUUUAUAUUACAUAUUUUGAAAUCUCUUGCGAAGAAAAAAAAAACAACAAACGAAAUUCAACUGAAAUUGUAAAAUUUUCGAA